AGCAGUUGGAGGUUGUGAUGCGGCUGCCAUUUUAAGUUUGAAUGCGGAUAAGUGAUAUUCUUGUCACUGCUAACUAGUAAUCAGGUUUCCCGUUAAAUUUUUGUUUAAAAGUUCUUUUUUCAUUGUGGGCUUCAUAAAAGCCAAUAAGAAAUGCAGUCAAAUCAGAUGAAUCGAAAUUUGAAGCAAGUGCAAUUGGAGAACAGUCGCAAUUCUCCGAUGAAAAGAGACUACGAUACGGCGGAUCUGGAAGGAACCGUGCCUGCUGAGGAAGGUGAGCCCCUGACAGUGGACAUCAAGAAUUUCCGCAGGCCAGGAGAGAAGACUUAUACUCAGAGAUGCAGGCUCUUUGUCGGAAAUUUACCUACUGAUAUCACGGAAGAAGAUUUCAAGAAAUUGUUCCAGAAAUAUGGAGAGCCAUCCGAGGUUUUUAUCAACCGGGACCGCGGAUUCGGCUUCAUUCGCUUGGAAACUAGAACAUUAGCUGAAAUUGCAAAAGCUGAACUUGACAGUACAAUGCUGAGAAAUCGACCUCUACGUAUUCGUUUUGCCACUCAUGGAGCAGCUUUGACUGUGAAGAAUCUUUCUCCAGUGGUUUCCAAUGAGUUGCUGGAGCAGGCGUUUUCUCAAUUUGGUCCAGUAGAACGAGCAAUAGUUGUUGUUGAUGACCGUGGGAAGCCUACAGGAAAAGGUUAUGUGGAAUUUGCAGCAAAGCCUGCUGCCCGCAAGGCUCUGGAAAGAUGCUCAGAUGGAGCAUUUUUAUUAACAUCGACUUCCAAUAUGACGAACCAGGCGAUAAACUCUCCUCGCCCUGUUAUUGUGGAGCCCAUGGAACAGUUUGAUGAUGAAGAUGGGCUUCCUGAAAAACUACUGCAAAAGAACACACAAUACCACAAGGAAAGAGAGCAGCCGCCACGUUUUGCUCAGCCUGGGACAUUUGAGUUUGAAUAUGCAUCUCGGUGGAAAGCUCUUGAUGAAAUGGAAAAGCAACAACGUGAGCAAGUUGACAGGAACAUCCGAGAAGCAAAACAGAAACUUGAGGCAGAAAUGGAAGCAGCUCGCCACGAGCAUCAGCUUAUGCUAAUGAGACAAGAUUUGAUGAGACGUCAAGAGGAGUUGAGACGCUUGGAAGAAAUGAGGAAUCAAGAACUGCAAAAACGGAAACAGAUAGAAAUGAGGCAUGAAGAGGAACGUCGUCGACGAGAGGAGGAAAUUAUGCGACAGAGAGAGCAGGAUGAAUUGAGAAGGCAGCAAGAAGGGUAUAAGCCAAACUACAUGGACAAUAGAGAACAGGAUAUGAGGAUGGGUGAUAUGGGUCCACGUGGAGGAAUUGGCAUGGGAGAUGCGUAUAGCCCGGCUCCUGCUGGCAACCAAGGUCCUGCUCCACUUAUGGGUAUGAACAUGAACAACCGUGGACCUAUGCCUGGUGCUACAAUGGGACCUGUCCCAGCCAUUGGGCCAGAAGGGACUGCAAGCUUGGGAACACCCAUGCUGGGAGACAACAGUGGAACAAUGCGCAAUGAUAGAUUUCCCCAGGGAGGUCCUGGACAGAUGGGUUCUCCUCCUAUGAUCAAUAGGGGAAACCUGAGUGGAACUCCAGCACCUGAGGCUACUCCUCAACAGCCCAUGGCAGGUGUUGGUGUGAGUAGUACACCUGGUGGUUUUGGUAGAGGCAAUCAAAGGGGUAAUUAUGAUGCAAACAAAGUCCACAGCAGAUUUUAGACUUUCUGAAUUGUAACAAUAGAUCAUUCCCUUCUGUGACAAUUUAAGGCAUACGGAAAUCUGGUGAUUUAAAAAUAUCAGUUGAGUUUUAUCUGCUGUUACCUGACACUGUUUUUUAUUGUGAUGUAGAUCUUGAAUUUUGUUUUUCUUAUGUAAUAUCUUUUGUUUUGAACCUUUAUAUUGAAGUAAUUGCUUCGGGCUAUGUAGCAUAGAACAGCAACCACAUAAAACAUCACUGUUUAGCAAGUUGGGUUAACUCCUUGUGAAUGUAGUACUAUACAUCUUAAAAUGUGACCAUGCUGUAAAAUCCAUGGAGUUCUGGAAUAAUAAAUAAAGCAAAAAAAAAAUCAA